GGCAUGGAGGUGCGUGGAUGUUCUGAUGAAUAACACGACAAGGAAUCUUCUUUAACUGAACUUUACUUGCUCCGGCAACAGUUGACUCUCCUGGCUUCAUCAUGGCUUCUCAGGGGCUUCAGAUCCUUGGUAUCCUGCUGUCCUUCAUCGGCUGGCUGGGCACCAUCAUCACCUGCGCUCUGCCCAUGUGGAAGGUCAUUGUUUUCAUUGGGGCAAACAUCGUCACCGCACAGGUGAUCUUUGAGGGCCUGUGGAUGUACUGUGUGACCCAGAGCACGGGGCAUUUGCAGUGCAAAGUGUACGACUCCUUACUGCAGUUGCCUCAGGACCUGCAGGCUGCCAGGGCCAUGGUGAUCAUCUCUGUGAUUGUUGGGGCGUUUGGCAUACUGACUGCCAUCGUUGGAGGGAAAUGCACCAACUGCAUGGAGAAUAAGGCAUCCAAAGCUAAAGCCUGCAUCGUUUCUGGAGUGAUCUUCAUAAUAACCGCCUUACUGAUCCUGAUACCGGUGUCCUGGUCAGCUCGCACCAUCAUCAGAGACUCGUACAACCCUAUGUUGUUCUCAGCACAGAGACGGGAGCUUGGCGCUGCGCUCUACAUCGGCUGGGUCUCUGCAGGUCUGCUGCUUCUAGGAGGGAUUCUUCUAUGCAGCAACUGCCCCCAAAAGGACAGCAGACCAUACAUAUCUGCCAAGUUCAGCCAUGCAAAAACCGUGUCAUCAAAUGAGUACGUCAGGUUUCAUGGCCAGAAGGGUUUCUAAUUACGUUACAAAAGAUGCAAUGACUUGAAUAUUUCUUUUACUGAAUUGAAUACAUACAAGUUUUGAUUUAACUUAUUUUAUUUUUAAACUACCAUUUUCUUAAGAUAAAUCUUUAUCGUAAUCAUCAACCUGAGUAGGACGAUGCAUAAUAUAUACUAUUCCAUUCUGAUUUGCUCACAUGAAGGUAAUUCUUGGACUCCAUUUUUGGACUCCAUCUAUGCUCAACUGACGCUUGUAAUUCUAUAAUGCAGUAUUUUUCAAAUAAAAUCAAAAGAAUUCACCAGUGCCUGUCUCCUAUUCUGUCACCUCUCUGAUUUUAUCAACAAAUCGAAAUCUUCCACCUGUUCACUUGAUCCCAUUCCGUUUACCCUGGUCAAAUGCUGCCCUCAAUCUCUCCUCCCCUUCAGGACUGCCAUCAUCCACUCCUUGCUUUGCUCUGGAAUUGUUCCCUCUCUUUUUAAAACUGCUAUUAUCACUCCUAUUGUGAAGAAACCUGGAUCAGAUCCCAACAAUUACAAUAAUCUAAAAAACACUGGAAAAAACGGUCGCUUCUCAACUUCACUCUCAAUUAACUUACAACAACCUUUAUGAACAGUUCCACUCUGGAUUCUGUCCCCGUCACAGUACUGAAACCGCCCUCUUAAAAAUAACCAAUGAUCUUUUAAUAGUAGCUGACUCUGGUCUAAUCUCCAUCCUCAUUCUUCUUGAUCUAAGCACAGCCUUUGACACAGUUUCACACUCUACCCUACUCCAUCGACUUUAUACAAUUGGCAUCACUCAUACUCCCCUAGCCUGGUUUCAUUCCUAUCUUUCUGGCCGCACUCAGUUUGUUCAGAUUAAGUCCUAUCGUUCCAACUCCUCUCCAGUUACAACCGGUGUUCCCCAAGGCUCUGUCCUGGGACCCCUACUCUUUAUCAUUAACAUUGUCCCCCUUGGCAAUAUCUUUAGGAAAUUCAAUAUUAAUUUUUUCUGCUAUGCGGAUGACACCCAGCUCUAUCUUUCCUGUAAGCCAAACUCUUCACUCCCUCCUCUUUCAUUAAUCUCCUGCUCCGAAAUAAAAUCCUGGUUCACCUCCAACCUUCUUAAAUUGGAUAACGACAAGACAGAAAUCCUCCUAGUGGGAACCAAAUCUCCAUUAUCCAAAGCUGACAGUUUCUCCCUGUCACCUGACAACUCCAUAACCUCCGCCUCACCUCAGGUCAAGAGUCUGGGUGUCAUCCUUAAUAGUAUCUGGUCCUUCUCCUCUCACAUUAACAACCUUACUGGCUCUGCUUACUUUCACUAACACAAUAUCAAUCGCCUUCGCCCCUCUCUCUCCCCUGGUUCCACCUGUGUGUUCAUAGUCUUGUCACUUCCCGCAUCGAUAACUGUUACUCUCUUCUUUUUGUUCUUCCUCAAAAAUCCCUUCACAAGCUUCAGGCAGUACAAAACUCAGCAACUCGCAUCAUUCCUAGAACCCCCUCUUUUCAUCACAUCACCCCAGUCCUGCAGCAGCUCCACUGGCUACCUGUCAAGUUCAGAAUUCAGUUCAAAAUCCUCCUACAUAUUUUUAAAGUUAUUCACAAUCUUUCCCCUCCCUAUCUCUCUGAUUUACUUCCAAUUUCAACUCCCUCUUGCACAUCUACCACUCACCUCUUUGUUCCUUCCGCCAGUCUUAGCACCAUGGGGAGCAGAGCUUUUUCUCGGUCUGCACCCACACUCUGGAAUUCACUCCCCCACUGACAUCUGCAAUAUCGAGUCUUUACCCUUGUUCAAAUCAAAA